GUAAGGUGGAUUGCGUCCCCUGACCGUCUGCUGUAAAAUGGAUUUGCACGUGAAGGCAACUAAAUGAAAAUUUAAAAUUUAUCGGAGUACAUGCUGCCUCGCACACCAUGUUUGUCCUGGUGGAGAUGGUGGACACUGUGCGGAUUCCGCCCUGGUUCUUUGAGAGGAAAUUAAAUGAUGCCAUCGCAGAAGAGCUGAACAAAAAACUGGCCAAUAAGGUGGUGUAUAAUGUCGGCCUGUGUAUCUGUCUGUAUGACAUCACCAAACUGGAAGACUCCUACAUUUUCCCAGGGGACGGCGCGUCUCACACCAAAGUACAUUUCCGAUACGUGGUUUUCCGACCCUUUCUGGAUGAAAUUAUCACCGGCAAAAUUAAAGGUUGUAGCCAGGAUGGAGUUUGCGUGACCCUGGGAUAUUUUGAUGACAUCCUGAUCCCUCCAGAAUCUCUGCAGCAGCCAGCUAAGUUCGACGAGACUGAGCAGGUGUGGGUGUGGGAGUACGAGACCGAUGAGGGUACACACGAUCUGUACAUGGAUGUCGGGGAGGAUAUCCGACUCAGAGUGGUGGAUGAAACUUUUGUAGACACCUCCCCCACCGGGCCCAGCACAGCAGAUAGUUCGACCUCCACAGCAGAAGAAGCACAGAGGAAGGGAAUCUAUUCUUCGCAGGGGUCCAUCAGUGAGCCAGGCCUGGGACUUCUGUCCUGGUGGACGAAUGGCUAAUGUGCCGACUUGAUCCCAUUGCUUCAAAUGCAGCACGGACACAAUGACUAUCUUCCUGGAGCUGGAACCGCCUGUUUUCCAACCAAUUCCUCAAGGAUCUUCUUUUCUGAGAGCAGGACAGAUUGCUGGAUGUUUAACUGGAGCAGAAGCAUCUGGUGAGCAAGAUCCAGCUACAGCAUCAGGCGUUUCUUCUGAUGAUCAAAUAAACAUGAUGCAAGUCCAGAGGAAAGAUGAAGAGCCUCCAAGUGGAAUGCUUCAGUAGUUUUGACCCUUUCCUACGCUACAGAAUACUGGUCCUGCACUCCUUGGUUUAAUGGGCUAUUUAAAUGGCAAAUUAAAGACAUUUGAUCAAUGGAUUUAGUUCUGGUUUGUUUAAGCUGUGAUCCCAUUGCGGUUGAGGAAAUGAGUUCAGCCCAUAAAGCAGGUGCAACUUCUUGAUCCAGUGUCUCUCUCCGUCUCCCUUUUAAAUGUACCAGCCUUGGCCCAAUAUGGACUACUAUAGCCUGUGGGUCAGAGGUGGUGAGUGCAAGCCCAGCUGGUGGUUUUGCCUGUCAUAAACCAGGGCAGGACUGCAGCACUGGCUGAGGUAUGCAUUUACCAUAUUGGUCUGACGGUGCCCGUGUUAAACUGUGGUUAUAUCUAUUGAAGAUUCCAUGGCACUUCCUGAAGAGGACCAGGCAGUUUUGGCCUUACCUUGCCUCAUGCCUUCAAGAAGAGAGAAACCAGACAUUUGUGCAUGUAUUCCAGAGGCAAAAUGAUGACUGUUUUCUGCAUAUUAAGGCAAUUUCAGAGUAAUUCAUUCCAUGUGAAGUGUUUUCAUUUACAGUCAGAGCCUUACAGCACGGAAACAGGCCCUUCAAUCCAACUCGUCCAUACUGACCAAGUUGCCUAACUGAACUAGUCCCAUUUGCCUGUGUUUGGCCCAUAUCCCUCUAAACCUUUCCUAUCCUUGUACCGGACCAAAUGUCUUUCAAAUGUUGUAAUUGUACCCACCUCUGCACUUCCUCUGGCAGCUCAUUCCACGUACCACCACCCUCUGUGUGGAAAAAGUUGCCCCUUAGGUCCCCUUUAAAUCUUUCCCCCUCUCACCUUAAACCAAUGCCCUCUAGUUUUGGACUCCCCUACCCUGGGAAAGACUGUAGCUAUUCGUCUUAUCUAUGCUCCUCGUGAUUUUAUAAACCUCUGUAAGGUCACCCCUCAGUCUUCUAUGCACCAGAGAAAAAAGUCCUAACCUGUCCAGCCCCUCCUUAUAACUCAAACCCUCCAGUCCCAGUAACAUCCUGGUAAGUUUUUUUUUGCACCCUUUCCAGUUUAAUGACAUCCUUGCAUCCAUAACCUGUGGAGGAACUGUACGCUGGAAAACAUGGACAAAAUGUACAUUUUGAUAAAUGUAAGUCUUUUUCAAACUGCUGCCUGAGCCAGUUAAAAGGGUUUGACAGAGUUUCAGUAUUCCUUGUGCUCUUCUUACCUUCCAUUCGGAGAAUCAUUGCACUCGGAAAGGAGGUUGCUAUGGUAACAGUAUUUGCAAAGGGUGAAUGAUUGUAAUAUUGUCGGUCGGUGAGUAGCAGUGGUGCAUGCAUGCACUGUGUGCGGUAGUAAUUCUUACACUCUGUUCCAUACCUGACCCCAGUCUGCAACACAGGGGUUGUAUUGUGGAGGAGUCGGAUGGAAGAAUUCUGUCCACCUGUAUCAAAAGUCAAAGCUUCCUUUCAGCUAUAUUGUUAUAAUAAAUUCCUGCAAAACUACACGGUUGCUGGAUCAAAAUUCUGCAACUCCCUGUCUCCCAGCAUAGAGUACCUUGAGCACAUUCAAGAAGACAGUUGUCGUUCAGUAGCACAGCUGGAGAUGGAGACGAGAAGUUAGCCACGCCUGCGUUAUUCGCAUCCAGAGAAUUAAAAUGUUUUGGUGGAAACUGCAAAUCUGUUGUGCUGGAGUGUCUCCUUCCUCUCGGUCGUGCUGCCUUCUGAGUGGUGAAGGGAAGAUUGUCCUUGGCUUUAAGACAAUAGUAAAUAGGAACAGGUGUAGACCACUCAUCAUCUCCAGCUUGCUCCUCCAUCUGAUCCAACUUUCCUCAAGUUCAUUUCCUCGCCCUCUUGCCAAAAACCCUUAACUCUCUUACUGAUUAACAAUCUAUCCAUCUCAUCUUUGAAUAAAUUUAGUGAUUCAGCUUCCACUGCUUUCCAGGGCAAACACUUUUUGAGAGAAAUUCUUUCAUAUCUCAGUCCUAGAUGGAAGCCCCCUUAUUCUGAGGGUCUGCCACAUCCUCCUGGCAGUAAUCUGUCCAAGAAUCUUAUGUUUCAAUAACAUCACCUCUCAAUUUUUCUAAACUUCACUGAGUAUAGACCUAAACUGUUCUUUUCCAUAAGGCAAUCCCUCUAAACCCAUGAUCAAUGAACCUCCUCUGAAACAUUUGCAAUAAUAAUAUAUACUUUGUUAAAUAAGAGAAGCAAAACUGUUCACAUUACGCUAGAUGUGGCCUCACUCAUGGUAUGUACAAUUGUAGUAAGACUUCCCUACUUUUAUACUCCAAACCCUUGAGAUUAAGACCUGCUACACCUGUAUGCUAAGUUUCUGUGUUUCAUGUACGAGAACCCCAAGUCCCUUUCUGCU